CACGAGAGCGGAGACACCGGAGCGGGCCAGGCCGGCAAGGGAGGAGGUGGACCGGGAGAGACGCCGAGGGAAGACCGGGCAGCGCGCGACAACCGGAGGGUACAGGCCUGGGGCUGGCGAAACGGGGAAAGGGAAGAUCGGAAGGUUUGAAGGCGGAAGAAGAUCCGAUCUUCCAAAAAAAUCACUUCAAGUCUUUUUCUUUUCCACUUCAUUUGAAACACAAACGAAAAAUAAAAUCUUUCUUUUAAUUGACAAUGCCAUCCAACGCAGCGACUGCCAAUCCUGCAUUCAAAACUUCCGACUUGGACUGUGACGCAGCAACGAAAAAAACGAGUGCAGGGCAGGUGGAGCAGGAAGCGAAGGACGCCUCACAGGAAGUGAGUGUGACGAGCACUCCAGCACGCAGAGUGGGUCGGCCGGCCAGAAAACGCAAAGCUGUGAACAGCUGCGACUCGGCGAAAGAGGGGAAGGAGGCGGAGUUGAACGGCGAGGCUGAGAACGGGAUCUCCCAGGGUGCUUUGCAGGAACAGCGCAGCUCCAGUCCGACCCCGGCUCUGCAGAACGGCGCGCCGAGCUCCCCCGAGCAGGAGGAGUCGCCUCCGCGCAAGAAACGUGGACGUCGGAAACUAGAGCAUCCGGAAAAACACGUGGAGGAGGAGGAGGAAGAGAGGAGCUGCGACUCACUGAAGACUGAGGACGGAGUCCGCGGACGAGGAGGCCUUCGCAGGAAGCCGGUCCCGAGAAUCACCUUUCAGGCAGGAGACCCCUUCUACAUCAGCAGGAGAGAGAGGGAGGAACUGGCCAAGUUGGAGAAGAUGGAGGCUGAGAAGAAGGCCCAGCAGGUGGCCGCCAUGAACACGUUGAAGGACCUAUCAGCAGCCGAGCCCCAGAAGAAGGAGGAGCCGGCAGCGGUGUUCCCGCCCACCCCCCCAGCUCAGAACCCGCCUCCUGUGCAGCAGCACACAGACCCCGCCUCCCCCACAGUUGCCACGACACCAGAGCCUGCGCCCAUUGCCAGCGGUACCAAGACCAUGGCGAAGGCGUCAGACCCAGAGGCAGAGUAUGAGGAUGGCUGUGGGCAUGGCAUUGGGGAGCUGGUGUGGGGAAAGCUGAGGGGCUACUCAUGGUGGCCCGGCCGGAUCGUGUCCUGGUGGAUGGCUGGACGCAGCCGCACUGCCGAGGGCACUCGCUGGGUGAUGUGGUUCGGAGACGGAAAGUUCUCGGUGAUGUGUGUAGAUAAGCUGUUGCCCCUGAGCUCUUUCUCUACAGCUUUCCAUCAGCCCACGUACAACAAGCAGCCCAUGUACAGGAAGGCCAUCUAUGAAGUGCUAAAGGUGGCCAGCACACGUUCGGGUAAGUUUCCUGCGUGCGUGUCCACUGAUGAGUCGGACUCUGCAAAGAACGUGGAGAUGGAGAGCCGCCAGCUGAUCGAGUGGGCCAGCUCCGGAUUCCAGCCCCUCGGGGCCAAGGGCCUGGAGCCACCCGAAGCCGAGCGUAACCCGUACACAGAGGUGGAUGGGGAUGUGUGGGCAGAGCCAGAAGCAGCCUCCUAUGCCGCUCCCCCUGCCAAGAAACCACGCAAAAGCGCCGUGGAGAAGCCCAAGAUCAAAGAGAUCAUUGAUGAGGGAACCAAGGAGAGGCUCAUAUAUGAAGUCAGAGAGAAAUGUCGAAAUAUUGAAGACAUCUGUAUCUCCUGUGGGAGUCUGAAUGUGGAUCUGGAACACCCACUCUUCAACGGAGCCAUGUGCCAGAGCUGUAAGAACUGUUUCCUGGAAUGUGCGUAUCAGUAUGACGAUGACGGCUACCAGUCCUACUGCACUAUAUGCUGUGGAGGUCGCGAGGUGCUUAUGUGCGGCAACAACAACUGCUGCAGGUGUUUUUGUGUGGAGUGUGUGGAUCUGUUAGUGGGUACGGGUGCGGCACAAGCGGCGAUCAGAGAGGACCCGUGGAACUGCUACAUGUGCGGCGAACGCAACGUCUACGGACUGUUGCGUCGCCGCGACGACUGGCCCAGCCGCUUACAACACUUCUUCGCCAACAACCACGACCAGGAAUUUGCACCUCCCAGACUUUACCCUCCAAUAGUAGCAGAGAAAAGGAAGCCGAUCCGUGUGCUAUCUCUGUUUGAUGGCAUUGCUACAGGCCUAGUGGUGCUGCGUGACCUGGGCAUCCAGGUGGAGCGCUAUGUGGCCUCGGAGGUGUGCGAGGACUCCAUCACCGUGGGCAUGGUCCGGCACGAGGGGAAGGUCACAUACGUGGGCGACGUACGCACUGUCCUGCGCAAGCAUAUUCAAGAGUGGGGUCCGUUUGACCUGGUGAUUGGAGGGAGCCCCUGUAAUGACCUCUCCAUAGUCAACCCAGCCAGGAAAGGCCUUUAUGAAGGGACAGGUCGUCUGUUCUUUGAGUUCUACCGGCUACUGCAUGAGGCUCGGCCCAAGCCUGGUGAUGACCGGCCGUUCUUCUGGCUCUUUGAGAAUGUGGUUGCCAUGGGCGUCAGCGACAAGAGAGACAUCUCACGCUUCCUCGAGUGUAAUCCUGUGAUGAUCGAUGCCAAGGAGGUGUCAGCUGCCCAUCGCGCCCGCUAUUUCUGGGGCAACUUGCCGGGUAUGAAACGACCACUGACUGCUAUGGCAACUGAUAAGUUGGAUCUACAAGACUGCCUGGAGCAUGGGCGCACAGCCAAGUUCGACAAACUGAGAACCAUCACCACUCGGUCUAAUUCUAUCAAGCAGGGCAAAGAUCAGCACUACCCCGUCUUCAUGAGCGAGAAGGAGGACAUCCUCUGGUGUACUGAGAUGGAACGGGUGUUUGGCUUCCCUGUGCACUACACGGACGUGUCCAACAUGAGUCGGUUGGCCAGGCAGAGGCUGCUGGGAAGGUCCUGGAGUGUACCCGUCAUAAGGCACCUGUUCGCUCCGCUGAAGGACUACUAUGCUUGUGUUUAGGCAAUGUCCUACCCUGUUCCGCCUCUCAAAGGGUCUGAUCCAGCUCUCUUCUAAUUACAGCCCGGCUAUGACCUAUGACCCCGUCCCUUUGGUCUGAGAUCUUGUAGAUCCGCCUCCUCCUGUUUCUCUCAUCUCUCCAGAGGUGCUAUCUAAGGACAACUUUAACCAAUCAAAAAGAAAACAAUGCCUGAAUUUUUUUGUGUCUUUUAAAAAAAAGAAAUACGCCGAUGUUGUCACAUCAUUUUACUCUGUAUUGAGUUUUACUUCUCUAUGUAUGUCUUUUUUUCAGUUUGUUUUCAUGGUCUUGAAGAUUUUGUUUUGUUUUGUGUAAACUGGUUUGCAUGUCUGAGCUGUACAAACAAGGCUUCCCCGCUCAACAGUACUGACACAGAGAGAGGCACGUGAGAAAUAGGUGUACCGUGAAUCUUGUGUGUGUGUGUGUGUGUGUGUGUGUGUGUGUGUGUGUGUGUGUGUGUGUGUGUGUGUGUGUGUGUGUGUGUGUGUGUGUAUCUGUGUCUGUGUGUGUCUGUGUAUAUGUAUGUGGUUACAGAAACAAGUCUUCGUCAAUUUGGAGCACAAACUGAAGGACAUUUAGACAAUUUGGAGGGAGGAUAACAUUCCUUUUUUCCCACCCUCCACUCACACACACACACACACGCUUAGAUAUGCUUACACACACACACACACACAUGCUUACACACACAUUCAUUCACACACACACACACACACACACAC